ACAAGGCGGACCUUUAAAAUGCUACACGCUUCGUUGUAAACAACAAAACAAAACGGUUCAUUCUUAUUUUUCUUUUUAUAUUCGCGCUUGUCUCGCCACUUUAAAGUAUGACAGUUACAGUAAAGUAAUUCCUUCGUGGUUAUUGAGGAUUUUAAGGCGCUCUAAGCGUCGCUGAGUCGGUUUAUCUUCGUUUAAAAAUGAUAUACCAUAUUCCCUGGAUCUAUAUGCCGGUGAGAUCUGUCCUUGCAGUCUGGCACCAACUGACCAAAACUGAGAUCCCUGAGCUGUCUAAAGGCUCCGUGGUGAUGAGGGAACGCCGCAGAGUGGAGGAAACCAUCCGUGCCAUGAGGCGAGCCGGUGCCUGUCGACUCCAGGUUAUCUCAGACUUUGACAUGACACUGAGUCGAUUUGCUCACAAUGGAAGACGAGUUCCCACCACUCACAACAUCCUCGACAACCGGCUGUUGAUAAAUGAAGAGUGUACUAAAAAGAUGAAAGAGCUGUUAAACACAUAUUAUCCAAUAGAAAUUGAUGCGAGCCGAAGUGCAAAGGAGAAGCUGCCUUUCAUGGUGGAAUGGUGGACUAAAGUCCAUGAGCUCCUGAUCGAGCAGCGGAUCAGGAAGGACAUGCUGGCCCAGGCGGUGAAGGAGUCCAGAACCAUGCUCAGGGACGGCUACAAAGUGUUCUUUGACGGACUCCAUGAAAGCCAGGUUCCUCUGCUGAUCUUCUCCGCCGGAGUGGGCGACGUGCUGGAGGAGGUGAUCCGGCAGAACGGCGUCUUCCAUUCCAACGUCCACGUCAUCUCCAACUACAUGGACUUCGACCACGCCGGAGUCCUGCGAGCCUUCAAAGGCCAGCUGAUCCACACCUUCAACAAAAGAGAGGGCGCCGUGACGCAGGCCGCCGGCCUCGCACAGCUGCACGGUCGGCCCAACGUGCUGCUGCUGGGAGACUCUUUGGGGGACCUGACCAUGGCCGACGGGGUGUCGGACCCCCACCAUGUCCUGACUGUCGGCUUCCUCAAUGACCAGGUGGAGGAGAGGAAAGAGUUGUACAUGAACGCCUUCGACAUCGUGCUGGUGAGGGACGAAACCAUGGACGUUCCAAACGCCAUCCUCAGAAACAUCACCUCAUCCGGAAGACUGGAAGUCAAGGCAUGAGGUUUACAGAUGUGCACUUUAGUCGCCAGCUUGCAGGAGAAUCUCACACUAGACCUCAAUGCAAACUUCACACAGAAGUCUUUAUUUAACCGACCCUUCACUCUAACGUUAGGAGACUUUUGCCGUUUUAAAACCACAAAACCAAAGCCCUACAGUUUUACAUGCAGCUCUGCAUCUUUGCUAAAACCUCAGAUUUUUGUUUUUGCUUUAUUUUUAGAGAAAACCUGAAACUUUGGCUCACUUUGCAGAGAUGUUGCGUCAGUAUUUAAGCUUUUAAUUUUGUUUUUUAAGGGCAACAAGCCGAGAAAUGUUACAGAAAACUCAAGGUUGCUGUUCAGCGAGCAACCUUUAUUUUAGUGGACAGUGUUUAACCCUUGUGCUAUCCUAUGACCCCACCCUUACAUUGACGUGUUCUCCCUACCAUGACAAAGGUGGAUAAAGGUGGAAAGAUUUCAUGUAAUCCAUGGACACCAGUGAAGAUCACAAAUCAUUGAAGAAAAAAGGUCUAGUGGGUCAAGAUGACCCCAAUGUUGAAGUGCCUAGGAUAGCACAAGAGUUAAAGUCAGAUAAUUAAACUUUUACUGUUUUUUUUUCUUCUCUUCUGUCAAAUUUUUACUUAUAGUUGUUUAGAUGCUGAGGAUUAUGUCUUAUUUUGAAUCAUUUUAGGAGAUUUAAAGUCUACAAAAUGCUGCUAAUAGCAUUUUGCUGCAGAGACUUUUAUUUUGAAAGAGAAAUGAUACUGAACGGUCUAAUAAAUGUAAAAAUGUAGAUCCGUAAAAGUGUCCUCCCCGUCCUGCACAAAAUAUUCUAUAAGAAUUAUUCAGACGACAUAUAAUUUUAUCUCAACUUCAACAGAAAACAUCAUUAUUGUCUUGUGUAAGCAUUUUACACACAGUUUACAGGUUUAUGUUUACUGAAACCAUAACGAUCACUUUGCAUGGUUUUUCUCCCAUAAGUGUGGGUGCAGCUGCAUAAUAUUAUAAUUUAAAAGCGGAAACUGGUUCUUCUUAAGAACAUUUUAAUGACUGUGACGUUCAGGAUCAAAUAAAGGUGCUUUUACAAUUGUACAUCUUAUUAAAACUCCUUUGUUUUUCUUUUAUCAUUUCGCAAGAUUGUCCGAUGUGAAACGAAGGACAAUAAAGUGUGGUGCUGAUGGGAA